AUGCAAAAAACUAAAAAGAAAAGAGGGGAAGAAGAGCCAAUGGAAGUUGACGAAAACCCCGGUACCUCAAAUGGUCAUAACAGUGAGAAUCAUGAAAAUGGAGAAAUAGAUCAUAUUUCUGAUGAUGAAGAAGGUGGAGUUCGUAUCGGUGACAUUUAUAUACCACCAGCCCCGAAACCAGCUCUUACAUUUGAUACAACAGGGCCAAGGUUAAUCAUAACACAUAUUGUAAAUGAAAAUUUUAAGAGUUAUGCUGGAGUGCAAACGUUAGGUCCAUUUCACAAGAGUUUUACAGCAAUUAUUGGUCCUAAUGGAAGUGGUAAAAGCAAUGUAAUAGAUUCUAUGCUUUUUGUAUUUGGCUACAGAGCAACAAAAAUUAGAUCUAAGAAAAUCUCUGUUCUCAUUCAUUCUUCAAGCAAAUUUCCAAAUAUAACUAGUGCUGCUGUUGAAGUACAUUUUUGCCAGAUUAUUGAUGGGGAAGGUGAAGAUUUUACAGUUGUCCCAAAUAGUGAAAUAGUAGUAUCGAGAACAGCAUUCAAGGAUAAUUCAUCUCAUUACACACUUAAUGGGAGAAGAGUUCAAUUUAAAGAAGUAGCAAAAAUGUUGAGAUCACAUGGCAUUGAUUUAGAUCACAAUAGAUUUUUGAUCUUACAGGGUGAAGUAGAACAAAUAGCUAUGAUGAAGCCUAAAGGUCAAAAUGAACACGAGUCUGGCAUGCUUGAAUAUUUGGAAGAUAUUAUUGGAACUUCAAGAUAUAAAGAACCAAUUGAACAAUUAUCAGUGAGAGUUGAGGAAUAUACAGAAAUGCGCAAAGAGAAGUUGAAUAGAGUGCGUUUGGUUGAACAAGAGAAGCAAAAACUGGAAGUGCCAAUGAGAGAAGCUGUGGAACUGAUGAACUUAACGAACACCGCUUUGAGAACUAGAAAUAUGCUCUUGCAAAAAUAUAUACAUGAAACUAAUAAAAUAAUUGAAGCCAAAAAUAAAGAAAUGGAGGAGCUGAAGGAAACUUUAGCGAAAAUUGAUGAAAAGUUGGGAAAUAUUAAAGAGGAAUUACAAACAAAAACGACUGAACUAAAAAAUGGAACACAAAAAUAUGAUGACCUUCAAAAGAAAAAGAAUGAUGUGGCUGAGAAAUUACAAAGUACGAAAAAGAAAAUGGUCACAGUUGUAGCUGAUUCCUCACAAGCUAACAAGAAAAAGAAGAAUCUAGAACAAUUGUUGGAACAAGAGAAGGGAAAAUUGAUUGACUUAGAGUUGAUACCAGAUAAAAAUAAACGUGAAAUUGAAGAUUGUGAGAAACUUUUAGUGAAACACAAUGAGAAUAAAGAGAAGGCUGAAAAGGAAUUAGAAACUGUUAUGGCUGGAGUAAGGUCCAAAACUCAAGGUCUUCAAGAGCAAAAAGACAAGUUACAAUCAAAAUUGAUAGACUUGAAAAAGAUAGUGGACGAAGCCAACAAAGACUAUAAGUUGACUGAAUCAGAAUUAAAAAUAUAUUUGAGCACUGAGCAAAAAGAGAUGCAGAAAUAUGAAAAAUUAAAAGAAGAUUAUGAAAAGGCGAAGAAAGAUUUGGAAGAGAAGAAAUCGUUACGGGAAGAUCUCUCAUCUACCAUACCAAUGCAAGAAGAACAGCUGAAGACAAUACAAACAAAACUUCAAACUUUGAAGGAAGAUGAAACCAGCGUUUCCAGAGAGGCUCGUAGUUUACGAGCCCAAUUAGAAGAAUCUCGUCAAGCAAUGAGCGCAAAUAAAUCUCGUGGUCGUGUGUUAGACUCUUUGAUGAAAGAAAAGAAGGCUGGCCGACUUCCUGGAAUAUUCGGAAGACUGGGUGAUCUAGGAGCGAUAGAUGGUAAAUACGACGUUGCAAUAUCCACGUGCUGCGGCGCGCUCGACAACGUCGUGGUGGACAGCGUGGAGACGGCGCAGGCCUGCGUGGAGCACCUCAAGCGGCACGACGUGGGCCGCGCCACCUUCGUGGCGCUCGACAAGCAGGCGCAUCUCAUCAAGAAUUGCCAGAAUAGAGGGACUUAUCCAGAAAACGCACCACGUCUCUUCGAUCUCGUCAAAGUGAAGGAUGAAAGAGUGUUGCCAGCCUUCUAUUACGCUUUGAGAGAAACACUUGUGGCGAAAGAUCUGGAACAAGCGUCUAGAAUAGCCUACGGAGCUACAAGAUACCGCGUGGUGACUUUACAGGGGGAUGUUAUUGAAAUUGCUGGAACAAUGUCUGGUGGAGGCAAAGUGACGAUGCGCGGGCGCAUGUCCAGCGCCGUGCAGCAGGACACCAGCGAGGCGGACCCCGCCGCCAUACAGGACAGUGAGCGGAAGUUGGCUCACUUGGAACAGAGAUUGACUCAACUACGCAGUGAACAAUCAACGUUAGAAGAUUCUUUGGUGUCAACACAAAGAAGUAUACGCGAAGGAAAAAAUACAUUGCACAAGUUAGAUAUUGAAUUGAAGAGUUUAACUGAAGAAGUACCAGCUCUGAAGAUGCAAAUCAAACAACAAGAAAAUAAAGUGUCUUCGAGUAAAGUGGAUGCAAAACAGAAAGCGAAGUUGGAAGGAAAUUUGAAAAUAGCUGAGGAAAAGUUGGAGAAAGCCAGAUAUGAUGCUGGAGAAGUAGAAAAAGAAGUGCAUGGAGUCGAUGCACAAAUCUCAGCAGUCGCUGGCAACAAAGUGAAAGAUCUACAGAAGAACGUAGAUGAUUUGAGUCAGAAGAUAAAUAAGAUAUCCACAGAAAUAACUAAACUUAAAGUGGCUAUCAAUACAAGUGUUAGAAACGCAAAGAAAUCAAAAGACAAAAUAAACCAAAUGGAGGCGGAUUUAAAAGAAACUGAAAAGAAUUUGGAAAGUUUAAAUAAUCAAAAACGUCAACUUAGUUUGGACAGUACACAAUAUCAGAAGGAAUGCGAAGAACUAGAAGAACAAAUAAACGAAGGCACGAGUGAGUUCUCCGGUCUACGUCAAGAAAUAGCAAAGUUACAAAGUAAGGAGAACAAAGCAAAAGCCGAACGUUUGGAAGCGAACGAUGCUGUGAACAAAAUGGAGAAAUCCGUACAGGAUUGUAAAACGAAGACGCCCAUGUGGGAGAAAGAGUUAAAAUCAUUAAAACUGGAAGACCCAGGCUUAGACGGUGUACCGGGAAUUGAACGUCCGACGCCUCUGGUGAGACACUCGCCUGAGGAACUAGAGGAAUGUCAAGUGGAAGAACUAAGGAAUAGAUUGACUGCGCAGAAAAGUAGGAUUGGUGAUAAUAAACCCAAUAUACAGGCGAUACAGGAUUACAAAACAAAAGAGGAUUUAUAUUUGAAAAGAGCUGCAGAAUUGGACGAUAUAACGACAAAAAGGAAUGAAAUGAGAGCUCUAUACGACCAAUUGAGGAAGAAACGUACUACAGAUUUCCUAUGUGGUUUCAAUACAAUAACAACUAAAUUAAAGGAGAUGUACCAAAUGAUCACUUUGGGUGGUGAUGCUGAGUUAGAGUUGGUCGACUCAUUGGAUCCUUUCACCGAAGGAAUUAUAUUUAGUGUCCGUCCACCGAAUAAAUCAUGGAAGAACAUAUCGAAUUUAUCCGGUGGAGAGAAAACUCUUUCGUCCCUCGCGUUAGUGUUCGCACUACAUUACUACAAACCGACGCCUUUGUAUGUGAUGGAUGAAAUAGAUGCUGCUUUGGACUUUAAAAAUGUAUCCAUUGUCGCUAAUUAUAUAAAGGAACGCACGAAAAAUGCCCAAUUCAUUAUAAUAUCGCUCCGAUAUAACAUGUUCGAAGUAUCCAAUCGUCUCGUCGGCAUUUACAAGACUGAAGAUUGCACGAAAUCUGUCACCAUUGAAAAUAAACUGCCAGAGCAAACUGUACGAGAUGUCAUGGCU